GAAAACUUGGGUGUGACAGGGUCACAGACAUGGCGGCCGUAAGGGUCUUCAUAAUUGAACAGAUCAAAGGACACUGCUGCAUGCAAAGUUCUUUUAAGCUGCUAAUGGCUGUCCUGAAUUUUGAUGACUAAUCUCAAUUUGUCACAGCUCAUUAGGUGCUGGAAAUACAAGGCUGUUGAGAUGAAAAAACUGACAAUCAUGCCUGCAGGGCUGAUAUUUGCAUCUAUAAGUGUGCAUGCAGCCAAAGAAGAGGAAUCCAAAAAGCAGCUAAUGAAACCAGAGCAGCUCCCCAUAUAUACUUCACCACCUCUUCAAUCUAAAUAUGUUGAAGAGCAGCCUGGUAAUUUACAAAUGGGCUUUGCCUCCAUCCGCACUACAACUGGUCGUUAUAUUGGCUGGUGCAAGGGUGUUUAUGUCUUUGUGAAAAAUGGGAUAAUGGAUACAGUUCAAUUUGGAAAAGAUGCAUAUGUUUAUCUGAAGAAUCCACCACGAGAUUUUCUUCCGAAAAUUGGAGUGAUUACAGUUUCAGGAUUAGCAGGCUUGGUUUCAGCAAGAAAAGGUUCUAGAUUUAAGAAAAUUGCUUAUCCAUUGGGAUUGGCCACUUUAGGAGCAACUGUUUGUUACCCAGUUCAGUCCGUAAUAAUUGCAAAGGUCACCGGGAAAAAGGCAUAUGCUACAAGUCAGAACAUUUAUGAAGCGGUUAAAUCACUGUGGACAAAAAACAACGAAAAGGAGUCACUUCCUGAACCUAAAGAAAAAAUUAAGGUGCUACACAGUUUAUGCCUGACCCCAAGCUCAUGGAUCAUGGACAGUCCCAUCCAGAAGAUGUAGAUAUGUAUAGCACUAGAAGCUGAAAUAGUCUACGUAGAGAAUUACAAGAUGUGUGAAGUUCCAAAUGUUAAUGAAAGAAAUCAUAUAAUGGGUAAUUGUGAUGAAUAGAGCAUAAUUUAAAGCAAAUUUAUCCCAUACAUCUUCUAAUGUAUAGUUUGACCAAUCAAGGAAGUGAUUAAAACACAAACAGAAAAUACAAUCGAAACAAUAUUAAAUGAUUGGUGAAGAGGCAGAGGUAGUAGUAUUAAGAUGCAUUUGAUGACUUAAGGAUGUUUAUAAACAAAAAUAGAGUAAAUAUGUGAACAAUUAUGAGACUAAGAUCUGAAAAAAAUGUAUGUACUUAUACACACAUAUAUUUGCUUUAGCUUUUUCUCACUAUCAAUUCCCAACUUGUGACAUUAAUGUCAGCUAAAUUAGAAUGGUUUGUGGAAGGAUAUUUUCUCUAUCCUUCUCUUUUUUCAUUUCCCAGAGCAGGAAUAAAAUAUCCA